AUGUCAAUUCAUGAAGAAAAUGAAGAAGAUUUGUUUGAUCGCUUACCAGAUGCUAUCCUCUUAACAAUCUUCGAUAAACUUCAAGAUGCGAAAUCUCUUUCAAUUUCUUCAUCUCUCUGCAAGCGUUUCCGCUUCCUCACAACCCAAACCCAGCACAUUUCACUCGCAAUCCCCUCACAAAAAUACCACAAACCAUUGCCUUUUUCCAGUAGAAACAAAUUUAUUCGAUUUUUUCUCAAUCCUUUUCAGUUUGUUUAUCGACAAAUCAGUCAAUGGAACCAGAUUUGUAUGCCCUGUGAUAAUACACAGAAAAAGAGUGAUAGUUAUAGUUGUUGUACUUGUUCUUCUUAUGCUUCUUCUUCUCCGGCUGAAAUACUGAGAAAUUUCACCGAAAUCAAGGAACUCGAAAUUCGAGUUCCCAGUAAUGGCGGUGGAGGUGAUUCAGAUUCGUUACUGAAAUGGAAAGGUGAAUUUGGUAGUCAAUUGAAAAAUUGCUUGGUUGUUGGUGGAAUAUCACUUUCCCCAAUUCGUAACGAUCGAAUUGACAAUAGCGAUGCUCCAAUUAGGGAACUAGAGUUGCAACGGAUGACGAAUGAGGAUUUGAAAUUGCGAAUUGUAUGGAUAAUUUCGUCGUUAAUAGCAGCAUCAGCGCGGCAUUGUUUGUUAGAAGAAGUGAUUAAGGAGAAGAAAUUGCUGAAUAAAGUAGUGAUUAUGGAUGAUAUUGGUCAAGGUAAAGUUUGUAUGAAUGGGGAAGAAGUAGAGGAAAUGAGGAGAGAUGCAGAGGUUUUUUCGUCGAAAAUGCCGGCGUUGAAGGUGAAAAUGUGGUAUUCGCCGGAGUUGGAGUUGCCGGAGGGAGGAUGUGUGAUGAAGGGGGCGACGUUGGUGGUGAUAAAGCCGGUGGAGGAGUGGAGCAAGGCGGAUGAUGGCGGAGAUUUGGUGGCGAAAGGGUUUGGUUUCGCCGGAGAUGGGAAAGAGGAGAAGGUGUUUGAUGAAGUUGCUAGAGAAUUGGUUAAGUUGGAAAGGAGUUACUCUCUUGAAAUGAAUUCCUUUUGA